GCGUGGUCACGUGGUCGGAGCAAGAUGGCGUCAGCGCCGGUUGUGUCGGUCGUUCGCUUGCGGAGGAGAUAGUGGAAGAUGAAGUGAACGGAUAGCAUCAGUGUUGAGUUGGUCAACAAAUGCAAGCUAAAAAGCGUUACUUACUGGUCCUCAUCAGCUGUGCAUUUUUAGUGUUAUGUUAUUUCGGUUCGUUUCGUUUAAGACAAGAUGGCGACGACGACAACAUUGGUUUAUUGGAACAUCGUUCCUACACGGAAUCAGAGGACGAUUCUCCCGACGAUUUGGUUCUAUCCCCGCGUCAGAGACGUUACGAAAGAAGUAUCACUUAUAAAUCGUCACAAUGUAGGAUGGAAACAUGUUUUGAUUUCGACAUGUGCCGUAAGGACUUCAAAGUGUAUGUCUAUCCUGUAGAAGAGAGGAUUUCUUCCACAUAUAGAAGCAUACUGAAUGUGAUUCAAGAAUCCAGGUAUUCCACCCAAGAUCCUAGUCAAGCUUGUCUGUUUGUCUUGGCCCUGGAUACACUGGAUAGAGACACACUUAGUCCUGAUUAUGUUAAAGAUAUACAAGCCAAGCUUAUGCAUCAUCAAAAACUGUGGAACCAUGGAAGAAAUCAUUUAGUGUUCAAUUUGUACUCUGGUACCUGGCCAGAUUAUAAUGAAGACCUUGGUUUUGAUCUCGGUGAUGCUAUUCUAGCUAAAGCCAGUCUAUCACUUGCUAAUUUUAGGCCAAGAUUUGACAUUUCUUUACCUCUUUUUCCCAAAUCCCAUCCCGAGAAAGGCGGGGAAGGCGGUCUGCUUUCGACUAGAAACUUUCCUCCCAAUAAGAAGUACUUGCUUGUAUUUAAAGGCAAAAGAUAUCUCUACGGAAUAGGUUCGGAGACCAGAAAUUCCCUCUACCACCUCCAUAACGGAAAGGACAUUAUCUUGCUCACUACUUGUAAACAUGGAAAGAAGUGGAAAGAAAUGAAAGAUGCAAGAUGUGAACAGGAUAAUAAAGAAUAUGACAGGUACGACUAUCGGGUGUUGUUGCAGAAUGCAACAUUCUGUUUGGUCCCGAGAGGGCGUCGUCUGGGUUCCUUCCGCUUCUUGGAAGCCCUUCAAGCGGGUUGUGUGCCCGUGUUGCUAAGUAACGGGUGGGAACUACCAUUUUCCGAAGUGAUUGACUGGAAUAAAGCUGCCGUUUGGGCCGACGAGAGACUGUUGUUGCAGGUUCCAGAUAUUGUCCGUUCUAUCCCCAGUGAAAAGGUUGCUUCCUAUUGUCAACAGACACAAGUGUUAUGGGAGACUUAUUUCUCUUCUGUAGAAAAGAUAGUCAUGACUACGCUCGAGAUCAUUAAAGAGAGAAUUCAUACGCACAUCGUCCGCACGUCGAAAGUUUGGAACUCGCAUCCGGGGGCGUUAGUCAUGUUGCCCCAGUUCUCCGAUAAUCUGCGGGACUAUCCAUUCCAUCUCCAUACAUUAGGAACCCGUCCCCACACGAAAUUCACGACCGUUAUCUACGCAGCCAUUCCAACUCUCACCCAUUCGUCUCCUCUAUUGCGACUCAUUAGAAACGUAUCAAAGUCGACCAAUGUGGCCAGGAUCAUAGUAAUAUGGAAUAGUGAAACUCCACCACCACUGUGGAAUAAAUGGCCUCCUUCUCCUGUGCCCAUCAAUCUCAUCCAUCCACAACAGAAGACAAUCGGAAUUCGAUUUUUUCCUCAUCCCCUUAUACAAACCGACGCCGUACUUAGUUUGGAUGAAGAUGCAGUCCUGACGACAGAAGAGAUGGAUUUUGCUUUUAAAGUCUGGCAAUCGUUUCCCGAAAGAAUUGUCGGAUAUCCUGCCAGAUCGCAUUUUUGGGACGAUACUAAAGGUUGUUGGGGUUAUACAUCAAAAUGGACCAAUGAGUACUCAAUUGUUUUAACAGGGGCAGCUUUUUAUCACAGGUAUUAUAACUACUUAUACACUUACUAUCUGAAUAGUCUACUUCAUAAAACUGUGGACCAAUCUCAGAAUUGUGAGGACAUACUGAUGAAUUUUCUAGUCAGCCAUGUCACCAAACUUCCACCAAUUAAAGUGACUCAACGUAAGCAAUACAAAGAGAGUAUGCUACCGGGAAGCAAAUCCUAUCCAUCACCCUGGAACGAUCCAGAUCACUUUGUUCAAAGACAAACUUGCAUCAAUACUUUUGCAAGCAUAUUUGGCUAUGUGCCUCUAGUAAGAUCGAGUAUGAGGCUCGAUCCUGUCCUUUUUAAGGAUCCCGUAUCGACUUUGAGGAAAAAAUAUCGAAAACUGGAACUAGUUGGAGGAAGAUAGUAAAUAUUAAAACAAAAAAAAAAGUUUUUUUCUUGUUUUUGUAAGUGCAUCUGGUCAAGAAUCAGUCCAAAAGUUAAAUUUUAUAAAUAAGGAAUUUCAGGUGCGUACAUUGAUAAGUAUUUAUAAUCUUUUUUUUUUUUGUUGUUGUUGUUUUUUAUAUAUGUCAAUUUAAAAUCGCAGCUCUUCCUUGUUUUAUGAUGCCAAAGUGUUCUUAUAUUUUUUUUUUUUUUUUUUUGUUCUUCCUGAUUACUCUCUUCCCAGUUUUUUUACAUGUAUUUGAAAUACAGCUGUUUUUAUCGUACAAUUAACUAUUUUAAAGUAUUUAAACAUAAAUUAUAAAGGAAAAAAUAAUAAUAAUAUGGUUUAAAAGUAGCAAUAUUAAAACGUGAUUUAAAAAAUAAAAAAAAAUGUAAUAAUAACUCGGGGUUUUGCUGAAAAGAAGCAACGAAUCUAUUUGUGGUCUUGUACACGUGUGUAUGUAUCUAGGUUUCAUUUUUAUGUUUCUUUACUCGAGAAAAAUUCAGGUGUGAAACUUUUGUAAAUUUUCUUUUAAACUACUACACAUUGUGCUGUGUAAAUAUGAACAUGUAUGCAUGCUAAUGUUUGACAGUGAAAUGUUUACAGAAGAAAAGGACUCAAUCACUUAUUUUUAAAAAAAUUCCUACACAAUUUUACAACUUUGAAGAGAAAAAAAAAAUCAUGGAAGAGAUUAUGAGAUUGAUUUGUUUUUUUUUUUUUUCUUUUGCCAUUUUUUUUGUUGUUCUAAGUUGUUAAAAAAUUUUUUUAUACAAAUAUACUCUUUCAACUAAAAUAAAAAAACAAAAAAGAAAACCAAUCCUACAUCAUAUCAGCUUUUUUAGUAUUUUUUUGUAAUAGGCCUUUCAAGUGUGUGUGUACUCUGUAUGUUUUAUUAUAAUAGGUAAGUCAUAUUGGAUGUUUUAUUGUCAUGGUUCUCUGCCUUUUUGGAACAUGAUGUGUCCAUGUACAGUUGUUACAAUGCUGUAAAAUAAAUAAGGUAAAAAAAUUGCUAUUUUUAUAGGAUAUAAAAUAAAAUGUUAUUGGAAA